CCACUUGGAGGCGCCUGGCCGGGAAGGGCCUGGUCAGCUGUGUCCGGCGGAGGCAGCUGCUGACCCAGCUGUGGAUUGUGCCAGGGGCGGAAGGGGGGCAGGGGCCCUGGGCCCCCCGUCGCGGGGGGUUGCAUCAUGGAUCACCUCUGGGCGUACCUCUGGCCUGGAGUCCGCUCUCUCUGUCUCUUGCUCGCUGGGGCCGCCUGGGCUUCCCCACCCAAACCCCUGGACCCCAAGUUUGAAAGUAAAGCGGCCCUGCUGGCUGCCCGCGGGCCCGAAGAGCUUCUGUGCUUCACCGAACGGUUGGAGGACUUGGUGUGUUUCUGGGAGGAAGCGGCAAGCGCCGGGGUCGGCCCCGACAACUACAGCUUCUUCUACCAGCUCGAGGGUGAGCCAUGGAAGCCAUGCAGCCUGCACCAGGCGCCCACGGCUCGCGGCGCUGUGCGUUUCUGGUGCUCGCUGCCCACGGCCGACACGUCGAGCUUCGUGCCCUUAGAGUUGCGCGUCACAGCGGUAUCCUCGGGCGCUCCACGCUACCACCGUAUCAUCCACAUCAACGAAGUAGUGCUCCUGGACCCCCCAGCGGGGCUGCUGGCGCGGCGGGCCGACGAGGGCGGCCACGUGCUACUGCGUUGGCUCCCGCCUCCUGGGGCCCCCGUGGCCAGCCUCAUCCGCUACGAAGUGAACAUCUCCUCUGGCAACGUCGCGGGGGGCGCACAGAAGGUGGAGAUCCUGGAUGGCCGCACUGAGUGCGUGCUGAGCAACCUUCGGGGCGGAACGCGUUACACCUUCAUGGUACGCGCGCGUAUGGCCGAGCCGAGCUUCGGUGGCUUCUGGAGCGCCUGGUCCGAGCCUGCGUCGCUGCUGACAGCUAGUGACUUGGACCCCCUCAUCCUGACGCUCUCCCUCAUCCUCGUGCUCAUCCUGAUACUGCUGGCCGUGCUCGCCCUGCUCUCCCACCGCAGGGCUCUGAAGCAGAAGAUCUGGCCUGGCAUCCCAAGCCCUGAGAGUGAGUUUGAGGGCCUCUUCACCACCCACAAGGGUAACUUCCAGCUGUGGCUCUACCAGAAUGAGGGCUGUCUUUGGUGGAGCCCCUGCACUCCCUUUGCAGAGGACCCACCCGCCCCCCUGGAAGUCCUCUCUGAGCGCUGCUGGGGGGCGACACAGGCGGUGGAGCCAGGGGCAGAGGAUGAGGGACCCCUGCUGGAGCCAGUGGGCAGUGAACAUACCCAGGACACCUACCUGGUGCUGGACAAGUGGUUGCUGCCCCGGAACCCACCCAGUGAGGAUCUCCCACGGCCUGAUGGCGGUUUGGACAUAGUAGCCAUGGAUAAAGGCUCAGAAGCAUCCUCCUGCUCAUCUGCUUUGUCCCUGAAGCCUGGGCCAGAGGGGGCCUUGGCUACCAGCUUUGAGUAUACCAUCCUGGAUCCCAGCUCCCAGCUCUUGCGCCCAAGGGCACUGCCCCCUGAGCUGCCCCCCACCCCACCCCACAUAAAGUACCUGUACCUCAUGGUGUCUGACUCUGGCAUCUCAACUGACUACAGCUCAGGGGGCUCCCAGGGAGCCCAGGGGGACUCAUCGAAUGGCCCCUUCUCGAACCCUUAUGAGAACAGCCUCAUCCCAGCCCCUGAGCCUUCACCUCCCAGCUAUGUGGCCUGCUCCUAGGACUCCAGCCCUCAGAUGUUUGGAGAUCCAGCAUGACCUCAAGUGCUAGUCCAGGCCUAAGACUUAUUGAGCAGGGCUGGUGAGGCCUUCCCUCAGGACUAGGGGCAUUGCUAACCUCGGCUUUCUGCCCAGUCCAUCCUGCUCAGUCCAUCCUUGCAGUAUUUUAAAAUGUAGAGUUGUGUGUGUGUGUAUGCAUGAAUGUGUGUGUAUUUUUUUUCCUAUCAUGACUUCUACAAACAUCCUGUAAACCCCAUCUUUCCCUGGGCCCAGGCCAUAGGGGCAGCAGAAAAAGGCCUUGAGCUCCGUCUGAAAUUCUGGAUCUGGCAACCUGAAUAAUAAUCAUAAUAAACCUAAUUGGUCAGUA